AUGUCGCAUCUCAGUAAACCAUCGCAAUUGAAGACGGCCUCGAACCCUCUCCCGCCAUCCUCAGAGCGCGCCCGCGCCUCCUACUCAACUUCUUCGCAAGCAACCAGUCACUCCUUGAAUGAUCUUCCGUCUAAGAGAACAUUUCGUCUCAGGGACACCCCAGCAAAGGAACUUCUUUGUCUCGAAUGGUCCAAACCACCCCGGAAUUUUUUGCUGAUAAAAAAGGACUGCUCAGACGCAACGACGGACGCUCUUCUGGACUUUACCAGACAUGUUUCGUCGACGUAUCCCGAUGUGAAUAUCGUGGUCGAGCCCAGGGUCUCGGCGGGAAUUGGGGAAGAGCGCCUUGGACGGCACUUUACUCUACCUGAACUAAACCACUCACACUUGCAAUAUCAGGACAAAGUCGACCUUGUUGUCACCUUCGGCGGUGAUGGAACCAUCUUGCACGCGGCAUCACUGUUCGCCACCUCCUCCCACGUGCCACCUAUCCUGUCAUUCAGCAUGGGUACACUCGGGUUUUUGAGUGAGUGGAAAUUUUCCGAAUACAAACGGGCCAUCCGCGAAGUAUAUAUGUCGGGUGCUGCCUCUGAGCGACAUGCCGUCAUUGAACGCGAAGCUUCAAACGACUUGGACGGCCCAAAUGAUUACACUGGCUGGUCGUCUGUCCGUGGGAAAUCCAUGGGGCCUGGAAGAGGCGCAAGAGUUUUGGUCCGACAACGUCUGAAGAUUGGCGUCUUCGAUGCAAAUGGGAACCGACUCAGCAGUAAUGGGGGUUUCUCUGACGACAUGUAUGCGAUGAACGAGGUUAUCAUACACCGAGGUCGAGACCCCCAUCUUGCCAUCGUCAAUGUUUAUGUGGGCGGUAGAUUCCUCACUGAAGCAGUCGCCGAUGGCAUGAUUGUUUCCACACCAACUGGGAGCACAGCAUACAGCCUCAGCAGUGGCGGGAGCAUCGUCCACCCCCUCGUUCCAUCCUUGUUGUUGACGCCAAUCUGUCCGCGAAGUCUAAGUUUUCGCCCCCUUGUUCUGCCAUCGACCACCCCCAUCACCUUGAAGUUGAGCGAUAAGAACAGAGGUCGGGAGGUUGAUGUCAGUAUCGAUGGCAUAGGCCGCACACAAGGCAUCGGUGUGGGCACAGAGGUUCGAGUCUCUGCGGAAGAGAUCACAACCGACCGAGGGACCUUCACUGGCGGCAUUCCCUGCAUAAUGAGGACAAUCAGCGCAGGUGCCGAUGGAGAUGAUGGCUGGGUGGGCGGCUUGAACGGCCUUCUGAAGUUCAACUAUCCAUUUGGUGAAGAGAAGUGA